CUGUCAAAUAAAUAAAAUCUUUAAAAAAAAAAUAAAUAAAUAAAAAUUAAAAAAUUUAAAAAAACUUCAACAAAAAGUAAAAUAUUCAAGAAAUUCAAGAUUAUUUGUAGGAACUUUAUAAAUGGGGAAAGCAGGGUAUGAUCUGAUCCAUACUGACGUUUUCUUCCAAUCACUCAGUAAACAUUUGUGGACCAUUCAUUAUGCAAUCACUGAACUCGAGGAGCUAGUUCAGUGAGGGAGAGACAAAUGCUUACGUAAACAAGUCCUUGCAACAGAAUGUAGUGUGAUGUCGAGAGUAUCAAUGAUGUGCUUGUGGGAGCACGUAAAUGUACACCCAGCCCCGAGAGGAUCAGGAAGAGCUUGCAGGAUGAGUCGGCAGUAGGUAAAGAAUAGAGGAAGGCCACUUGUGGCCAAGCAAUGAGAUGCACAGAAUAAAAGACAAUGAAGUGAGUCUGCCACGUUCCUGGAACUGAAAACAGUUCAGGCGCAGCUAGGAAAGAGAUGAGUCUGGAGAAUGCAGAGUGUGGCUGAUGGUCGGACAGCCCAGGGAACCAGCGGGCUGCCAUGCAGCUGCCAUGGCCAUCCUACAUGCUGCUUCACCUGUGGCAAGAUCGCCGGCAACAAGCAGGAGGCCUACCCGGGGUGCUGCAGGCCCUACACCGAGGGGGCUGCCCUGGAUGCACUGGGCCGGAAGUACAACUGCAGGGGUGGCAUGCUGCUGGCCCACACUGACCUGUUCGAGAAGCUGCUCGAGUGUGCGCGCCUGGAGAGUGACCAUGCUGGAGCCUCCCGCUGCCCUGCUGACCACAGGCAGGCCGGGUCGGGCCCAGAGUGUGUUCCACUGAGGCAGAAGAGCUGCAAGCAAUGCCUGACCACAGCCACGUGGGCCUGUGGACUCCCACUCUGGAAGGAACCAUCCAAUAAAGGUCCUUGCGGAGAGUGAGAGAGAGAUGAGCCUGGAGAGGGAAGAGAUACAGGCCACAGGUCAUGGUUUGCCAAGAAUCCUUUCCUUUCAGAAAUACCCAUUCUCCUCUGCUGUUCUCAUCGUUUCAUUCUAGAGUGACUGACCAAGGAAGAGCACAUGACCCAACCCAGGCCAUCCCCGGGCCUCUCCCUUCCUCAGGAUGAGUUUGAAGGACCAUGGGUUGCCAAUGACUGUGUUGCCUCCACAUGGACAGAACCUGUUAGAAACAAAACUAACAUGAGAAAAAGCAGGACCAGAAAAGAUAGUCAUUAGGGGCACCUGGGUGGCACAGUCGUUAAGUGUCUGCCUUCGGCUCAGGGCGUGAUCCCUGCGUUCUGGGAUCGAGCCCCACAUCGGGUUCCUCUGCUGGGAGCCUGCUUCUUCCUCUCCCACUCCCCCUGCUUGUGCUCGCUCUCUCACUGGCUGUCUCUCUCUGUCAGAUAAAUAAAUAAAAUCUUAAAAAAAAAAGAAAAGAUAGGCAUUAAUGCCAUCUUUGAACUCCUUGAUCUAGCCCUCCCUGAAGCCAACCCCGGACU